AUGACUAAUGUGACUCCAAGUAAAAGCGUAGAAUGGCUCCAACUCGAGUUGGAAUCCGGGGGAGGUUCGCUGCUUUUGUUGGACUGCCGAUCGCACGAGCUUUACGAAUCAUCCCACAUAGAAACGGCGAUCAAUUUGGCAAUUCCAGCAUUGAUGCUGCGAAGGUUCAAGAAGGGCAACAUACCCAUCCGAACUAUCAUACCGAACCACGAAGACAAGGAGAAAUUCGUUAGACGUUGCAAUACAGAUACAGUGAUUCUGUACGAUGAGUGCACUGUGGACUGGCAGGAUGGGGCCACAGUCUCGGUUCUGGGACUACUUCUUCAGAAACUAUGGGACGACGGCUGUAAAGCAUAUUACCUGGAAGGCAAGUUACAUUUUUGCCAUUAUAUUGUUUUUCAAUAGGAUAUGUAGAUUAUUCCUUGUCUAACUUUCCGGGCACUGUAUGUAAAGUAAGGUUAAAAUAUAUUUAAGACAAACAACUUAAAUCAAUCCAUUUAAAUUAUAUAGAUAGUAUUUAAAAUACAGCAUAGUUUUGAAGGUAGCCUACAUCUAUUGUCUCUCAAACUUUGAGAAGUAGUGUGACUGGGAUUCUCAAUUAAAAUUCCAAAAUGGCUACGCCAUGUUUUGCUACUGCUGGAAAAGGGCAUGCAUUUCAUGAAUGUUCUGCUGUGAAGGAGAGACCUAUUGCCCAUACAGUUUUCAGUAAUGGUAUAGAUAGCAUACAAUUGUUAUUGCGUCGGCCCUAUUCACAUGUUAUUAACAUGUCAUUCAUAGUAAACAAAACGUAGUACACAGCCUAUUACUUAAUUUGACCACUUGUCAGUUAUUAUCUUUAAACUCAAAAUAAUAAUAUUUGACCCAAAUCUCUGUUCUGUUGUUACAGUUUGAAUAAUAAUAAUAAUUAUAUGAAUAUAAUGCUUGGCUGAGAUACACAGGACAGCACAUACACCAUUUUAUAACUCCUUGGUUCUUUUGAUCUCAGGGGGAUUUGGGAAGUUUCAAACCGAGUACCCAGAGCACUGUGAGACCCUCCUGGACAGCUCCUGUCCCAGCUCCUCUCCCCCGCUCUCCGUCCUAGGUUUCGGAAGUCUCCGGAUCAGUUCCGACCUCUCAGAUGGUGAAUCGGACCGCGAGCCGAGCAGCGCCACAGAGUCUGAGGAGAGCCCCCUUCCCAACAACCAACCUGCCUUCCCAGUCCAGAUCCUUCCCUACCUUUACCUGGGCUGUGCCAAAGACUCCACUAACCUGGACGUGCUGGGCCAGCACAACAUCAAGUACAUCCUGAACGUCACACCCAACCUCCCCAACAUGUUUGAACAUGACGGCCUCUUUACAUACAAGCAGAUCCCCAUCUCGGACCACUGGAGUCAGAACCUGUCCCAGUUCUUUCCAGAGGCCAUAUCCUUCAUCGGUGAGUAGCUGACUUAUUGUGCGGGAGAGAACAUGAUAGAUCACAUUGUGUUCCAAAAAUUACUAUAUGUGGAGUACGAGGCCUAUAGGAAAUGACUCACAGGAACACCUAGUAUAUGAUAUACUUCUGUGAAUUACAGUGAGAAAGAGGAAGUUGUUUGCUGACCACCUAAUGUUCUUGUUGUAUUUGAGUCAUAUUUUUAUUAUGAUUUGAAUCAUUGUUAUCGCUCAGUUCCUGGUAUACCCAGUGGUAUUGCUCAUCACUGAAACCCCGUUGUGUGAUGAAGCUAUGGCUUUUACUUUUAUUUUCACGUCUGGUUACCAAUGUCACAAGUCAACAUAACUGUCUAUUGGUGUCUGUUUAAAAAUGAUUUAUCUAUACAUUUUUUUACAUUAUUGGUCCAUCCACCACCCGCUCUUCGGGUAUAUAUUGGUCAAAAAGAGAGCUGGACUGAAGUCCCUUGCUCGGCACAAGGGAAAGUACAUGCGCUACUGAGGAACUUCCUGGUCAUUGUUAGUGUCAUAUGUCUGUUAUUUAAGGAUGGAUAACAAAUCUUUAAAAAAAACGUACAGCAGGUAUCAUCAACUAGAUUCAGCCGCAGGCCGAUGUUUUUCUUGAGCGGAUGGUCAGGGGGCCGGAACAUAAUUACAAAUAAUUUGUAGACUGCAAAUUGACCGCAAGAAGCCCAAACCUUGCUUACAGACAGUGCCUUUAGAAAGUAUUCACACCCCUUGACUUUUUCCACAUUUUGUUGUGAUACAGCCUGAAUUUAAAAUGGAUUAAAUUGAGAUGUUUUGUCACAGGCCUACACACAAUACCGCUUAUUGUCAAAGUGGUAUUAUGUUUUUCAAAAUGUUGACAAAUUAAUUAAAAAUGAAAAGCUGAAAUGCUUGAGUCAAUGUGUAUUCAACCUCUUUGUUAUGGCAAGCCUAAAUAAGUUCAGGAGUAAAAAUGUUCUUAACAAGUCAUAGUAAUUUGCAUGGGCACACUCUGUGUGCAAUAAUAGUGUUUAACAUGACUUUUGACCUCAUCUCUGUACCCCACACAUACAAUUAUCUGUAUGGUCCCUCAGUCGAGCAGUGAAUUUCAAACACUGAUUCAACCACAAAGACCAACACGGUUUUCCAAUGCCUCGCAAAGAAGGGCACCUAUUGGUAGAUGGGUAAAAAGAAAAAGCAGACAUUGAAUAUCCCUUUGAGCAUGGUGAAGUUAUUAAUUACACUUUGGAUGGUGUAUCAAUACACCCAGUCACUACAAAGAUACAGGCGUCCAUCCUAACUCAGUUGCCGGAGAGGAAGGAAACCGCUCAGGGAUUUCAACAUGAGGCCAAUGGUGACUUUACAGAGUUUAAUGACUGUGAUAGGAGAAAACUGAGGAUGGAUCAACAUUGUAGUUACUCCACAAUACUAACCUGAUUGACAGAGUGAAAAGAAGGAAGCCUGUACAGAAUAAAAAUAUUCAAAAAUAUGCAUCCUGUUUGCAACAAGGCACUAAAGUAAUACUGUAAAAAAUGUGGCAAAGCAAUUCCCUUUUUUCCUGACUAUAAAGUGUUAUGUUUGGGGCAAAUCCAAACAACACAUUACUGAGUACCACUCUCCAUAUUUUCAAGCAUUGUGUUGGCUGCAUCAUGUUAUGGGUAUGCUUGUAAUCGUUAAGGACUGGGGAGUUUUUCAGGAUAAAAAAUAAACAGAAUGGAGCUAAGCACAGGCAAAAUCCUAGAGGAAAACCUUGUUUAGUCUGCUUUCCACCAGACACUGGGAAAUUAAUUUACCUUUCAGCAGGACAAUAACCUAAAACACAAGGCCAAAUCUACAUUGGAGUUGCUUACUAAGAAGACAGUGAAUGUUCCUGAGUGGCCAAGUUACAGUUUUGACUUAAAUCUACUUGACAGUCUAUGGCAAGACCUGAAAAUGGUUGUCUAGCAAUGAUCAACAACCAAUUUGACAGAGCUUGAAGAAUUCUUUAAAAGAAUAAUGAGCAAAUGUUGCACAAUCCAGGUGUGAAAAGCUCUUACCCAAAAAGAUUCACAGCUGUAAUCGCUGCCAAAGGUAUAAAAAAUAAACGUAUACAAAGUAUUGACUCAGGUGUGUGAAUACUUAUGUAAAUUAUAUAUUUAUCUAUUUCAUUUUCAAUAAAUGUGCAACAUUAUGGGGUAUUGUGUGUAGAUGGGUGAGGAAAAAAUCAAUUUAAUCCGAUAUGAAUUCAGGCUGUAACAGAACAAAAUGUGGAAUAUGUCAAGGGGUAUGAAUACUUGCUGAAGGUACACUACCAGUCAAAAAUUUGGACAGACCUACUCAUUCAAGGGUUUUUCUUUAUUUUUACUAUUUUUUUACAUUGUAGAAUAAUUGUGAAGACAUCAAAACUAUGAAAUAAUACACAUGGAAUCAUAUAGUAACCAAAAAAGUGUUAAACAAAUCAAAAUAUAUUUUAUAAUUGAGAUUCUUCAAAUAGCCACCCUUUGCCUUGAUGACAGCUUUGCCCACUCUUGGCAUUCUCUCAACCAGCUUCACCAGCUUUUCGAUUAACAGGUGUGUCUUCUAUGUGAGACGCGGUGUGGGUGAACGGAUGAUCUCCACGUGUGUAGUUCCCACCGUAAAGCAUGGAGGAGGAGGUGUUAUGGUGUGGGGGUGCUUUGCUGGUGACACUGUCUGUGAUUUAUUUAGAAUUCAAGGCACACUUAACCAGCAUGGCUACCACAGCAUUCUGCAGCGAUAAGCCAUCCCAUCUGGUUUGGGCUUAGUGGGACUAUCAUUUGUUUUUCAACAGGACAAUGACCCAACACACCUCCAGGCUGUGUAAGGGCUAUUUUACCAGGAAGGAGAGUGCUCUAUCAGAUGACCUGGCCUCCACAAUCACCUGACCUCAACCCAAUUGAGAUGGUUUGGGAUGAGUUGGGCCGCAGAGUGAAGGAAAAGCAGCCAACAAGUGCUCAGCAUAUGUGGGAACUCCUUCAAGACUGUUGGAAAAGCAUUCCAGGUGAAGCUGGUUGAAAGAAUGCCAAGAGUGUGCAAAGCUGUCAUCAAGGCAAAGGGUGGCUAUUUGAAGAAUCUCUAAUGUAAAAUAUAUUUUGAUUUGUUUAACACUUAUUUUGGUUACUACAUGAUUCCAUAUGUGUUCUUUCAUAGUUUUGAUGUCUUCACUAUUAUUCUACAAUGUAGAAAAUAGUAAAUAUAAAGAAAAACCCUUAAAUGAGUAGGUGUGUCCAAACUUUUGACUGGAACUGUAUAUCUCUCUAUUAUGCAGGGGAAUACUUUGGAACAGAUUUCCUAAAUUAAACUUGGAGCUGAUUUGCUGGUGUUUUUACAGUAUUUUAUGGCCUAAUUAAAAAAACGACUAAUCUUCUUUUUUUGUUGCUCAGAAAACUUGGGGGGCCAAAUAAAAUCACUGGGCCGCCAGUUGGGGAACCCUAACUUACAAAAACCCACAACAGCACAUGAAACCUUCUAGGUUAUGUAUGUUUGUACUAGUGGUGUUUCCAGGCUUGUUUUGCAUUCGUUUGUCAAUUGGGGUUAGUGGUAGAGGAAGGAAACAUGGCUUCCACUCUCUAUGGCUGCCUGUGUUUGGUUAUCAGGUCAUGAGUCUAACUCUGACGUAUCCUGGUUGUGGUGGAGUCCAGGGCGUUUCACCCUGCUGGGAUUAGCUCACUAUAAAUUAUAUUUCCUUUGACGAAUGGAGAUGUCAUUCAACAAAGAUAAAGGUUUACUUACUGUCUCCCUUGAUCCUCAUGAGAAAACAAUAAGAAGCAGGACUACAUGUUAGCUAUUGUGUGUUGAGCCUUAUGAAUACACUAUCAAGCCCUUAGACCCCACGCCCUGAGAGUCUGAGGUCUACGUGUGACCUGAUCAUAAAAGCAGUCUUAUUUGACCCAUAUUGACCUUCUUCCUCACUUGUACACGUAGAUGAGGCUCGGUCCAAGCAGUGUGGCGUCCUGGUACACUGUCUGGCUGGCAUCAGCCGUUCUGUGACCGUGACCGUGGCCUACCUGAUGCAGAGGCUCAACCUGUCCCUUAACGACGCCUAUGACUUUGUCAAGAGGAAGAAGUCCAACAUCUCCCCCAACUUCAACUUCAUGGGCCAGCUGCUGGACUUCGAGAGGACACUGGGGCUGCACAGCCUGUGUGACAACCGCUCCUCGUCCAAUGAGCAGCUCUACUUCACCACGCCGACCAAUCACAACGUGUUCCAGUUGGACACGCUGGAGUCGACGUGA